AUGGAAGCCGGCGGUCGUCCCCUGAGGAAUAUCAUCAUAUCCUCUUGGAGAUCAGGCACCACAUUCCUCGGCGAGGUGCUCAAUGCGAUGCCUGGGAAUUACUAUCAUUUUCAGCCUUUACUAAAAUAUGGACAUGUACAACUAAAGGAGUCUGCGCAAGUAAAAGCAGCCUUAAGCUCCAUGAAAAGUUUGCUCAAGUGUGACUUUCGAGGGAUGGAUGACUACUUCGAUUACGGAAGCGGCCAUGAUUUUCAAUUCAGUCACAAUACCAGAUUAUGGGACUAUUGCGAACACAAUAAGGAACUGUGUUCUGACCCUGACUUCAUGACCAGGUAUUGUAGAUUGUUUCCAUUUCAAAGCAUGAAAAUUGUCCGUCUUCGGUUGCAGUUUGUUCAAGAAAUAUUGUCCGAUACUGAGCUUAAUGUAAAAGUAGUGUUCCUAACGCGCGAUCCUCGCGGAGUGAUGGCAUCAAGACUGCAGCGGGGUUUCUGUCGCGCUGCUCCGGAUUGUUCUAAUCCCGAGAUUCUUUGUGAAGGCAUGAUGCGUGAUUAUGAGGCUGCAGGUCGUUUUCUCAAACUUUAUCCUGAUAAGCUUUUUGUGCUGCGCUUUGAAGAGUUUGCACUAAACCCGAACAGUACAACGCAAAAAUUGCAGAAAUUCUUAAGACUAGGACGGACACAAGCGAUGGAUGAGUAUAUAGACUCCCACACCAACACAGAAGUGAGUGGAGUCACCUCUACUUUCAGAGUAUCCCGUGAAGUGCCUUAUCGCUGGAAGAAUACUUUGACAUUUCAAUAUGCUGACCAAAUACAGACGGCGUGUAAAGAGGCCAUGAAGUUAUGGGGCUAUCGUGCUGCUCACAACGCCACCCACAUGGCCAGCGAAGACUUUAAGCCCCUAGAGCAGUACGCGAUAAUGCAGUAA